UUUUUAUUGUUGCUGACGAGACGCAGCUUGCAUAAAUUAGUAUUUGGAGAUUAUUUGAAAAUAUUUCAUAUUUAGUUUGACUUUGGAUGCGAAACUUAGUUGAUGGUGGUGCCAAUACAAUGCUUAAGUGUCAUGGUUUACAUAACUCCAUCAACAGUCGUCAAUCUGGUGCUUUUCGUUAAUGGAAAGCACUCUUACAUAAUUUAGUGGAGUUAACGUUAGUUACCUGGAAAGUUAGUUAUACAGUUAGCUAACUAGCUAGCUAAAUGUGACAGUAUGCUAACGUUAUCUGAAGAUGAUAGCUAGCUAAAAGACAGAAGCUAGCUAACUAGGUAUGGCGUGUAUAUUUUGACCAUAGCGUUAGCCAGUAACUAAGGCUAGCCUAGCUAGAAGGAAUUAUCAGAUACUAACUAACGGUAGCUGGGACUUUUUGUAGUUUUACUAGUUAACUAAAUUGUUUUCCUCUGUGGAUUUGAUCUACGGCCGAGAUAAUGGAGGAUACCGAUGAUGACGUGCCCCUCAUCCUGACCUGGGAUGAUGCGAACAGCGGUCUGUUGAGUGAGGAGACAGAGAGGGGAGACGAGAGCCGCUUGGAGGAGCCACCAUGGAGGAAAGAGGAUUUCUGUAGUAUUUUCCUGUUAGCCCGGAGGACUGACCAGGACUGCCCUGUGUGUGUUAGUAUGGGCCUGGGGAUCCAUAGGCAGUGAGUUGUUGACAGGAGCUCCAACAUUUUAUUUUGUCUGAAAAACAAAUGAGUAGCUGGGACUUUACCCACAGACACAGUGCUGUCAGGACAACAGCAGAUUCUAGGCCACUUCAGAGGCCUGAGAGAACAGGAGCCUCACCUAGGAUUAUCACUAAACUGGAGUCUGAUCUCUACACAGCAGCAGACUGAACACGCGAAUGUCAGAGCACCAGCAGAGGCCUCCAUGUGCAGGAUCCGGCUGACUGAUUUGACUGGCACUCAGAUCCAGUGAUCACAGAUGUCUGUCUGUAAUUCCUAAGGAGAGGACGGAAACGCAUCUACUAAGAUUUUAUUUUUACUGCCUGAUUUUAUGAGGAACUUUUGAAAAUCUGUUUAUAGAUAAGUAUUUUAAUGGUCAGUGGUGAACUGGAUGUAUAUUAUUUUUAGCAAGUAUGACUUAGUUGGAUUAAAAGAUGAGUUGGGUUGAUUUAAGGAUUAUAUCUAUCAUGGUGUCAGAGACUGAAGUUAUAUUGUAAGUACUUAGGGUAAGUUGAAGACCAUAGCUUAGUUUCCCCUCAGCCUGCUAAGGCUCCAUAUAGCCAGACCAGACAUCACACUGAUCUAACUAGGAUGUUCUUCAUUCUCAGUCUGGUGUCUCUCACCAUCAGGAGGUGACCUCACUUCCUGUCUAGAACUUGAAGGACAUGCAGUAGCAUGUUAGUCCCUGAGUGUCCUUGGAGGUGUGUGAACGCUGGACCUGUGGACUGUGAAUGACACACACACACACACACACACACGUUCAAUAGGGGACCACAUUCAAACACGCAUACCUGAACAAACACAGUCCUGGACCACUGGAGGCCAUUAGAGCCAUGGAGUGUUCGUCUGUGCUGGUGGAGACUGCUGGUAUCCAUGACAACAGUGUAGAGUUGACCCUGGAGGAGAGUCCAGCCCUCAUCUCCUCAUUCUGCAACGAGCUAGACUGCAUGGAUGGAGGAGGGGGGUAUGACAUUGUGAAUAACCAGGUGAUACCAACACCGGGGCCACCACCAAACUACAGAUCACACAAUGCCUCACUUCAACAAAGCUGGGAGAUGAACUACCAGGAAGCAGCGAUCUAUCUACAGGAAGGAGAGAACAAUGAUAAGUUCUUUACACACCCUCGGAACCCCAAGGCGCUGGCAGCGUACCUAUUUGCUCACAACCACCUAUUCUACAUGAUGGAGCUGCUAACAGGAGUCCUACUGAUGGUCCUGUCACUCUGUGAGGCUCCCGCUGUACCAUCACUACGCCUGGAUGUUUACGUCCAUGCCACUCUGGAGUUAUUGGCUCUGGUUAUGGUGGCGUUUGAACUGUGUAUGAAGCUGCGCUGGCUCGGCUUCCACACAUUCAUCAGACACAAGAGGACCAUGGUGAAGACUUGUGUGCUGCUGCUCCAGUUUGUGGAGGCCAUAGUGGUUCUGAUCCGGCAGACAUCGCACCUGCGUGUGACCAGAGCUCUCAGACCCAUAUUCCUGGUGGAUUGCAGAUACUGUGGUGCCGUGCGAAGAAACCUGCGUCAAAUUUUCCAGUCCCUUCCCCCUUUUAUAGACAUCCUGCUGCUGCUGCUCUUCUUCAUGGUCAUCUUUGCCAUCCUGGGCUUCUGUCUGUUCUCCCCUAAUACUUCUGAUCCGUACUUCAACACUCUGGAGAACAGCAUCGUGAGUCUUUUCGUGCUCGUGACCACCGCAAACUUCCCAGAUGUGAUGAUGCCAGCGUACUCUCGCAACCGCUGGUCCUGUGUCUUCUUCAUUGUCUACCUCUCCAUAGAACUUUACUUCAUCAUGAACUUGCUCCUGGCGGUGGUGUUCGAUACGUUUAACGGUGUUGAGAAGAUGAAGUUUAAAUCUCUGCUGCUUCACAAACGCUCUGCUAUCGACCAUGCCUUCCAACUUUUGGUCAGCAGACAGAGGCCAAUGGGUGUGUCUCUGAAGCAGUUCGAUGGUCUGAUGCGUUUCUACAGACCUCGUAUGUCAUCCAGAGACCGCUUCCUCACAUACAAGGCCCUCAACACUGCAGGAGCACCCAUGCUCAGCCUGGAUGACUUUUACAAGUUCUAUGAAGUCAUCGGUCUCAAAUGGAAGGCACGGCGGAGCGGGGAACACUGGUUUGAUGAUCUUCCACACACUACUUUUCUUAUCUUCAAAGGCAUCAACCUGCUGGUCAAGUCUAAAGCCUUCCAGUAUACCAUGUAUGUGGUGGUGGCCGUUAACGGAGUGUGGAUCUUAGUAGAGACCUACAUGUUGAAUAGUGGAUUCUCCUGGUCCAGAAUGGUUCCCUGGAGCUACAUUGUCUUCCUCACGAUCUAUGGGGUGGAGGUGUUGUUGAAGAUAACGGGCUUGGGGCCGUUGGCCUACUUCAGCUCUGGCUGGAACCUGUUUGACUUCUCUGUGACUGUGUUUGCCUUUCUGGGCUUGAUUACUCUGGCCUUUGACAUGGAGCCCUUCUACUUCAUUGUGGUGCUCAGACCGCUGCAGCUACUCAGGUUGUUUAAGAUAAAGCAGAGGUAUCGCAAUGUGUUGGACACCAUGUUUGAACUCUUCCCAAGGAUGGCAAGUCUGGGGCUGACACUGAUUAUCUUCUACUACUCCUUUGCCAUCGUGGGGAUGGAGUUCUUCGCUGAUGUAGUUUACCCUAACUGCUGCAAUGCCAGUACAGUGGCAGAUUCCUACAGGCAGAUCAAUGUAACCAUAGGCAACAGGACGGUGCUGGACGAGGGCUACUACUAUCUCAACAACUUCAACAAUAUCCUCAGCAGCUUUGUGACUCUGUUUGAGCUGACUGUGGUAAACAACUGGUACAUCACCAUGGAAGGAGUGACAUCCAUGACCACUCACUGGAGCCGCCUCUACUUCAUGACCUUCUACAUCGUCACCAUGGUGGUGAUGACCAUCAUCGUUGCCUUCAUCCUGGAUGCGUUUGUGUUCCGUAUGAACUACAGCCGGAAGAACAAAGAACCACUGUUAGAUCCUGAGGAUGAGAACGGUAUAGUGUUUGAGGCAGAGGUGAGUCGUGACGAGGCGUUGGCCACUCUGGAGCUUUAUAAGAAGACGUGUCCAGGGCUCUCCUCACUUAACUCUCUACAGGGAGUACUGCUGGCCAUGGACCGCAGUGGGAGCUCGUCUCUGGUGUAUCUGGGUCGGAGGUCGCGAACCAAGAGUGACCUCAGCAUGAAGAUGUACGAGGAGGAGAUUCAGGAGUGGUAUGCUGAGUACUCCAGAGAGAAUUUACCCCAGUCAGACAGAAGCCUAGUGGAGAGAGAGCUGGACAUCCCUCCCCCCUGCCCUGAACGAGAAUCCUUACCCCAGCUCAACUCACAAGGACUACUUAGCACCAACUAAUACUCACUGUGUCUCCCUUUCAAACACACCUCUUUGACUUCAGUCAUCAUGCCACAGAGCACUCUGAACUAAAUGUUUUCCACAAUGACAAUACGGAGACACUCAACACUCCAUCUCUUCCCUCCCUCCACCCAUCCUGAGGGAUUGUACUGUGGCAUCCUGUUGGACAGUCGGGAUGUGGACAGAUGUGAUGUCACUGGAUCCCAGCAGUGAUUUGUGUUGAUAUACAUCAUGUUGUUUUCUCUCUGACUGGAUCGCAGUGUUCAAACAGGUUUAAGAGCUUUAUCUAACCCAAACCCUUACAGGACUUAGUCUGCUGAUGCAUGGAUAGGAGAAGCAGAGCAUCGAUGGAUGGCUUAGAGGUCAGGGUUUAAGUGUUAGGCCCUCUAGCUGUGAGACAGAGCUGAUGUUCAGGACCUGAGUACGAUGAGACACUAGGAUGGACUUGGGAUUUCACAGUACUCUAAUUUUUUUUUUUACUGCACGGAGAGGACACAUCUGGACAGGGAACGGACACACACCAUAGAGAUAAAUAGAGGACUCUAGUGCCCAAAAGCCUGGGCAAUGCCAUUGAGGACUUUAACCAUUUUGAAGUAGUCAAUUGGGUGGGACUUUAUGGCUUAAGGAAGGAACAAAUCAUUCUAUCCAGGUCAUCAGGAAGGAUCAGCCAAUGAAUUAUACUCGUACCCAGACAUUCCAUAACUGCAUGUUGCAGUAAAUCACUAACCUUGGCUUUAUACCUGUUCAAACACUCCAGGUGGCAGUAAGCAAAGUUUGUAGAAGUAGUAAAAUAAGAAUUAAUUACUGAAAAAUGGAGAAUGCCUCAAUGGUGCUGCCAAUGCUCUGACACUGUAAUGGGACAGAUACAAUGUUACAUCCUCCAUCUCUAUGAGAUGAACACUGCUGCAUGUAGAUACACUCUACAGCCUAUUUUGUAGCCACUCCCCCUCCUGUGUUCAUUCGUUAUCGGACUCUCCUGGCAUCAAGACACGCCCACCCUGUCUGCCAGUAGUAAUCUCAGCCCCCUCAAGCCACUACACACACCCCUCAAACCCCUGCACCUGUCCAGUAACCUACAGCUAUAUCUCCUAACCAGUGUUUCAACAAACCUAAGACAGUACUUUACUUUUAUAACUUGUCAGUGUAUUAAAUUAGGAAUAAUUUAAAUGUU